AUGGCCCCAGAUGCUGCGGCACUACCCUCGCCGCCAACUUUCGCGCCGGGGGAUUCGCUCAAUCGUCAUAACAUAGGUGGCAUGGUUCCCGACGGCACACAGACGGAUGGAACGGCGAGGUAUCAGAAUGGGUUCUCGCCGCGCUUUCCGAAUAUAAAAGACCUUCAAGAUGAAGCAGCGGCGUUGGAGGUGAACGAAACCACGUCGCUUACCGACUUGUUGACCACGGCUCAAGACGCCAUCGCGAAAUUUCGAGGGUUCGCAGACAGUAACCAGCUCGACAAAGCAUAUGUGCAAUACGUUCGCGCUUCAGAAAUAACCAUCAACCUUAUUCCACGUCACCCGGAGUAUCGGAACGCCGCAAACCAGGUCCCUGGUUGGCAUAGGCAGUUUUCGGACCUGAUGAUGGCCGUACGAACCAAGCAGGGAACGGUGGACACGAUCAAGCAACAAAUUGUGGACAAUAACCUUAUGAGUAUGGCCCAACCGACAGGCCAGUUUUCACCUACCGCUCGGCGACCAGUUUCGCAAAUAUCCCCAGCGAGCACAUAUUUGCCCACAAGCCAACGAGGCCGCCAAAAUGAGGCAGGAGACUCAUCUACACGGAUGCCUAGCCCGUCACAGUUUCAAUCGUCCGCCUCGCAAGAGCAUAUGAACAGGUAUUCGGCGCCUCCAGAUGUACUUGCUCAGCGGCUCGCUAGAUUAAAGACAACGUCGCCUACAAGUAAUGGUGGAAGCCCAGCGCCAAACAGCUGGGGAGACAAUGAAAAUGGGCAUGUUGAAAACCAAUCUCCUCGGCCGUCCUCCUAUGUCUCUCAUGGUCCAGUAAAUGGGUCAAAACUAAACUCUCCUUCUAGGCGACCUCUGGGUCCCCGUACCAUGGGGCAAACCCAGAAUGCACCUUCUUUACCACCAAAAAUUCCCCUCAACACAUCGCUUCCGCGGGCACCGGAUCCUGCUUAUAGCCCAAUAUUUACCGUACCUUCCCAGCCUCCGUUCAACCCACCCAGAACAUCGACAGAGAGCUUCCGUCAAAUGCACCCCCAAUAUUCUCAUAUUGCCAAUUCGCGUCCUGGUAGCCAGAGCCCAAACGGUCUUGAUGAUAACGCUUAUAGGUCUCGAACUCCAAAUGGCGUUCAUCUGACUAAAGCACCUGCUAGCAGCACUGCCGAUCUACCACAUAGAUCUACCAUUACUGCUCAGGAGCUACUGGACCACCUCCGACGGUAUAACAUAUUACUGAUCGACGUGCGUCCUCGAGAGGAAUUUGAUAGCGGCCAUGUUUAUGCAAAAUCAAUCAUAUGCAUAGAACCCGUGGCACUAAAGGAAAAUGUGUCGGCAGAAGAACUUGAGGAACGUUUGGUUGUGUCUCCUGAGCAUGAACAGUCGUUGUUUGAGAGGCGCAACGAGUUUGAUCUGGUUGUCUAUUAUGACCAGACUACUAGCUCGAAUAGCUAUCUUGCCGGCCCGCCCGUUGGAACUACAUCACCUCAUCUCAGGGCAUUAUACGACACACUUUACGAAUUUAAUGCUUACAAACCCUUGAAGGAUGGCCGCCCACCCGCUCUUCUUCUAGGCGGCCUUGAUGCUUGGAUCGACAUUCUAGGACAGCAGUCUCUUGCCACGUCAUCCACAGCGGCCAUAUUAGCGUCUAUACAGACGAAGCGGCCUGUAGUAAAGCCAGGGCGGCCUCUCGGGAGAGUCCCAACGAUGGCUAGCGCAAAUUCUAGCCUCGAGAUAAGAAAGCGAAGGCUUCGCAAGCUUGAACAGUUGAAUCCAGAGGAGCUCACCGAAUGGCUAGAGAAGUCAAAGACGGAGGAAAUCGACGCAAGUGCUUAUCUCGGAGAGGAUGCGCUCACAGAGGAACCCGAGCAAGACCAACAACAGGGUGAACCUCCAGUUUCGCCCUUUGUUCGUUCAUACGAGGAUUUCUUACGUCGUUUCCCGGAGCCCCACGCCAUUCAGCAGUCAAUGGUACAGACCCAACAAGGACCGCCGGUAACCCCUGACUAUGCGACUCCUGUGCCUGUCGUCCCAUCAAGGCCCCGACCUGCAGUUCCGCGUCCCAGUUACAGCGGCGUGUCAGAUGGUCGACAGAUACAAGCACCGUUGCUGAGACAAAACUCAGCAACCAAGACUGCCCUUUACACGUCAAAUUCAGUACUCAAUCGCCUCAAACUUUCUCGUACUGGACUAGCAAACUUCGGGGUUACCUGCUACAUGAACUCGACAAUACAGUGUCUAAGUGCAACGAUACUGAUGAGCAAAUUUUUCAUUGACGACCGGUUUAGGUUUUAUGUUCAAAAGAAUUGGAAGGGCUCUCAAGGUGUUAUGCCUGGUCUAUUUGCCAACCUCAUAAGAUCUCUCUGGAAAAACGAUGUGCAGGUAAUCAUGCCGACAUCGUUCCGGAAUUUCUGCGGACGUCUGAACCAGGAGUGGUGCAUAGAUAGGCAGCAGGAUGCAAAGGAGUUCUUUGAUUUUGUCGUGGAUUGCCUCCACGAAGACCUCAACGUAAACUGGCAGCGGACACCACUGAGGCCGUUGACAUUCGAAGAGGAGAUGCAGCGGGAAAGGAUGCCCGUUGCUAAGGUUUCCAGAAUAGAGUGGGAUCGGUAUUGCCAUCGAGAAGAGUCGUUCAUCUCCUCACUCUUUGCUGGGCAGCAUGCUAGUCGGCUUCGGUGCACGACGUGCAAGCGGACUUCGACCACGUAUGAAGCUUUCUACAGCAUCAGCGUUGAAAUUCCACCAUCCGGAAAGUGCGACAUUUAUCAAUGCCUCCGCAGCUACUGCCAGGAAGAGAUGCUAAGCGGCGACGAAGUUUGGAGGUGCCCCUAUUGCAAAUGCGAGCGAGUCGCAACCAAACGGAUCAUUAUCACUCGUGCGCCCCAGAUUCUGGUGGUUCACUUCAAGCGGUUCUCUGCCUCUAAAACGCAGAGCGCUCGUAAGAUCCACACUCCUAUCGAUUUCCCCCUGCAUGGCCUCCGCAUGGACGACUUUGUCUUUUCGCAGCCUAAGCAGACUGUCGCUGGCGAUGUUCCCGGCAAGGGAUUGCAAGACCCAACUUCCGCCACAGAGCCACCGUUCACGUACGAUGCAUAUGGAGUCCUACGCCAUUUAGGCUCGUCCAUGGGUAGCGGACAUUAUAUAUCACUAGUACGUGAUGCAUCUCGGCAAUGUUGGCGCAAGUUCGACGACGGUCGAGCAACCGACUUCAACCCCCGCGACAUGUCAUUCAAAGACCGAUUGCAGAACGAGCAGGCGUACAUUGUAUUUUACGAGCGUGCUCCAGCGAAGUAA